AUGGAAAACUCUUACGUCUAUUUUACCGAACAGAAGCUAAAGAACUCCAGAUUACAGAGUCAAAAUAGUUUGAGCAACUAUAGCGGUCUAGAUAGUUGAGAUAGGAAGGAAUCUGGCCAGGAAACAGCCCUGGAUAACCCCCAGUUUUAUAGAACAAGCGAUGGUCAUUCAGAGGAGAAAGAGGAUAACUUUGCUAACUUCAAAUAAAGUCCUGACUGGUAUCGAUAUUACUCGGUUUCAGAGAAGGAAUAGGGAGAGGCCCAGAGCAUAUAAUACCUUCUUAACGAAUGCCAAGACAGUGAGCAAUACACUUGACGAAGGUGAUAUGAAACUUCCUGAGAUCCAGAGAGAGUUCACUGAUAAAUCAGUAGAUGCGAUUCUGACUCCAGAUAGAAAUAAAAAGAAAGCUAAUGCAAAACUCCAGACUAAUAGAAUUCCAAAUUUAAAACUAUGGAUAGAGCAGAGAUCUAGCUCUGUAAUUGAGAGGCAUACUCAGAUAUCUCAGAUGUCAAAACCUUUAUCAACACUAAUAAGAUUUCAUCCUCGGUCUCCUCCCCUUGAUUUGCAACAAGUGCCUCUUCGGGACUACCAAGUUGUCAAAUAAAUCCGACUUGCCUAUAAAAUUGUCCGAUUCUGAAGAGGGCCUACAAAUCUACGACCUUAUAAAUCAGCAAGUAAUGGGGUGAUUCAAGGAUGAUUUUUCGGGGAACACAUAUGUGGCUCAAGAAAAGUUGUUCAAGUUUCAUCCAAUAAUUAAAUAAAAAUCUUGAAUUUGAGUCAUUUUGAGCAUUCCUUGCAAACUGCCCACUAAUAGAACUAGAGCCAAAUCAGGUUCUUUACUCUGAAUCUGAUCUGGCUGGAAGUUUCUACUGGAUUCUCUGUGGAAUGUGCCGACUCCAGAGUAAUAAAGAAGGCAUUUUUGGCUAUCCACAGUUAGGAACACUUGUCGGAGAAGAUCACCUGUUCAAUACCAUCACUCAACAAAUGAAUGACCCCGAGAAAUGUAAACGGCUUACCAUGGAUUACAAAGAAACUUGCAUUGGCAAUGAGAAAUCAUACCUUUUGGAGAUCUCUCAUUCCGCUUGGAAUAAGAUACAGACUCAAGUGGAGACAAUGGGUCACUACCGAUGAAUCAGGAGGAUGAAGAACAUCAUCAAGCAAUGAUGGGUUUUGAAGAAAAGUUGGAAAAGACAUAAAAAGUUCAAACUACAAAAAUUACUCAAAGAGUAG